CUUCAUACAAGGGCGAGGGCCGCCGGCGCCGGGAAUAGGGAAGCUGCUGCAGCUGCUGCUAGCUACUACUGGGGCCAUGGAGGAGUUUCACCCUCAUAACGACGAGAUGACAUUCAACACUGAAGAAGCCCACAAUAUUAUUAAAGAUUGCAUUGAAGGUGUUCUGAGCAAGGCAGAUUAUAGUCAUGAACAUGUCAAUCAGUGGACUGCAGCUAUAGUAGAACAAUCUUUAACACAUCUGGUAAAACUGGGGAAGACCUACAAGUACAUUGUAACCUGUGCAGUGAUGCAGAAGUGUGGAGCUGGUCUUCAUACAGCAAGUUCAUGUUUUUGGGAUACUACGACUGAUGGUACUUGCACAGUCAGAUGGGAAAACCGAACCAUGAACUGCGUCGUCAAUGUCUUUGCUGUAGCCAUUAUCUUGUAGCAAACUGGACAACCCACACUAAAUUAUGCCAAAGCCUUUAAGAUCAGAAACUAUCAAAUACUCAGAGCACGUUGGGAGAAUUCUUAGAUAAUGAUUUAUGCACUAUAGAAAGAGGCAGAAUAUGUGCUUUUAAAAGGUUUGUGCACAACCUAUAUAUUAUAGUAAUAUUAAGUUUAGCCGGUUGGCGGCUUGCUAAAGCUAAAAGGACGAAGUUUUAAGUGUUCUAGGACAGCAAGUCUUUUUCCGCACCUCUCGUGCCUGGAAGAAGUGAUUUAACAGUUAAAUGAAAAUAAGAAGAUGCAUGCUUGCACCAAAUUACCACUGGCACUUCAUACACAGGGAAUGAAAAGAAACGUAAUAAGUACGGGGAAGAGAAUAUUAUAUAUAAUAUAUAAGAAACUGGCAGUACACCUUGUGUUGAGUAAGAAUAGUUAAAUGUUUUUAAAAUCGUGGUUUUAAAGUUGUGUUCUUGGGGACCCUAGGAUUCCUUGAAAGUUUAUUAGUGGUUCCUCAUUAUAAUGGCGGAUAUGUUUCCGCUUGCCCCCUGAAAUCUGGAGUUGCAAGGGAGUGUUUUGUGUUCCAAGGCACAUGCUUGGUUGAUGCAGGUUGAUAGUGAGGUUCACCUGGCACCCUGGGUAGUGCCUCACGUGAACUGAAGGAACACUCUAGAACACAAUUCCAUGACAGCUGCCCAAGGCUCCUCAGUAGAAAAAACGAUGUGAGAAGUUCCCUGAAAGCAGUAAGUUUGAAAACCACAGCUUUAUUUAAUAGUUCUUGCGAUAUAUAAUAUAUUUAACAAUGCUUACAAUAUAUAUUAAGCAGGGUGAAAGAGCAGGAAAAAAACUGAACAAGUUCAAAAACAUUUUUUCUAUUUUAUUGGCUCAAAAUAUCUUGAGGCCAAAGUUUGAAAACUACUGCUUUAUUUAGUAGUGCUUGCGAUAAGUAGUAUAUUCAAUAGUGCUUGUGAUAUGUAAUAUAUCAAGCAGGGUAAAAGAGCAGAAAAAGUUUUGAAACUCAAUUUCUUGUAUUUGGGGCACAACAUAUCUAGAGGCCAAAGUAUUUUACUCAUAGAGGGCAUGAAUGUUCUGCAAAUGAAUGUAGUUGUCAUGCUGGAGUCUACUGCCAGCAGUGCUUAAUUUUGUACAAUGGCAUAGUUUUUCAGGUGUAUUCACCAAAUUAGGGAAAUCUGCAAUGUUUGAUUUAGGCCUUAGCUACACCUAAGGU